ACGCGUCCAGCAACGAUAGAAACAGGACGAGGGCGAUCGGCGGUGCAAGGGGUGCAGCCAGAGCAGCGUGGGGCGAACCAAUCUGAGAGAUUGAGAGAGUAGCAUAUUCUCGGGGUGGGUGCACUGCAGGGUGGACGAUUUCAAAACGGGGCUCCUCCAUUGAUGAGAUAGAUAAGAUCUCCACAUACACGCACAGAGAGAGAGAGCAAGAGAGAGAGAUAUGGCGGAGGAAGGAGAGGAGCCGAGGGAUGCGAAGGUGGUGAAGUCGCUGCUGGAGUCGAUGGGCGUGCAACAAUACGAGCCAAGGGUGGUCCACCAGUUCCUGGAGCUUUGGUACAGGUAUGUCGUCGACGUUCUCACAGACGCCCAGACCUACUCGGAGCAUGCCGGUAAGCCGUCCAUCGAUUGUGACGACGUUAAGCUCGCUAUUCAGUCGAAGGUCAACUUCAGCUUCUCCCAGCCCCCUCCCCGUGAGGUUCUCCUUGAAUUGGCCCGCAACAGGAACAAAAUUCCUUUGCCAAAAUCGGCUUCUGGCCCUGGCAUCCCGUUGCCUCCAGAACAAGAUACAUUGAUCAGCCCAAACUACCAGCUUGCGCUCCCCAGGAGACAGGCCAACUCGGUUGUUGAAGAGACGGAAGAGGAGGAUGAUGCAGAAAAAACCAAUGCCGUGAAUCCAAAUGUCUCACAAGACCAAAGGCUUGAACAACAAUCUCAUCAAAAGGUCUCUUUCGCUCUUCCUGGUAAACGCUUCAAGUGAACUUUUGACACUUGCACACUUUCUUUUUCUCCUCCCCUUCUAGAUGUGCAAUCGACAAGGGGCAGAUUCGGAAGAAAUGCUCUUAUAUUAUAAUGUAUCGUCGUUCGUUAUGCUGUAUUUGGAUGAUUUAUUCUUCUUU